AUUCUUGUCCAGCCUCGAGAUCGAACAGCACCAACACAUCGGAACACAACAGCACAAGACCACGGUCAAUCACUUCCUUUGUGGCUAGCUAGCUAGUUCGGUUAUCGGUAAACAUCUGCUUGGAGCGUUAAUAAAUUAAGAGCAUUGUUGUUAUUGAAUAGAAAGGGAGAAAAUGUCUAGGUAUUUUCCAACAGCAGCACCAACGAGGGAUUUGUCAUUAGAGCCAACCACGGUUUCUCCAUCGACUUUGGCUCCGACAACGGAAGCUCCAUCGACCGCUGCUCCAACCACGGCAACUCCAACUACGAUUGCUCCCACUACGAUCAAGCCAACAACGGCCGCUCCGACUACGAUAGCGCCAACCACAAUCGCUCCCACCACAAUCGCUCCCACAACACUUGCUCCGUCUACCUUAUCACCCUCGACAACACCACCGGCUCCUACCCACCAUCACCAUUCCAAGGCUCGCGAGAUUGAAAUUGAUUCCACGGCAGUGAUUGGAUUUGUCCUUGUCUGCUUACUAGCAUUGCUGUAUCGGAAGCGAAGAAAACUGCCCGGUUAUCUAUUACAAAUUAAAUACUAUCUCUGUUGCUGUCGUUUGAGCGAUCAAGAAAUAUUGGACCAACAGGAAGAACAUGCCACACUAAAUGAUUUCAUUUUUGAUGUGGAAGACAAUGAAGAAACGGGGCGCUUGAAUGCCAGUCAUUAUUCCGAACUCACCGAAGAUCAGCAUACGGAACUAUUACCAAGGUUGCCGUUGGAAGUGAGCAUCCAAUCCGUCUUUCCCGACUUGCUGGGAGACGAAAUGGAGAAACAGCCACCAAACAACCAAAAUAAUCACAACAAUUCUCUGGAAGAUCCAUUGAUUCCACCCCGACAAAAUGCCGCGUAAGAUGAUGAUCAUGGUUGGUUGGGUAUAUUAUACACGCAGUACGGUAUGAGUGGAGAAGCCAAUGGAGUUCUGAAAGUAUCUUAAUGAAUGACCGGCAAUGGUUAGUUCUUGGAAGUGGGAAAUGAAAUACAGACAACAACACGCAAAGCCGACCUUUUCAAAGUGUGCGUGCAAGGAGUUGACUGCGUGCUUUUUGCAUUGCAUUGCACAGAUCAGAU